AUGCCUGAACAUACAGCUCCGCAGAGCAACAAGCACGCUGCUGCUAGCUUCCGCCAGUAUGUUCAGGAGCUAGCGGAGGAGGGUGACCUUGUGUCGAUUUCCAAGGAGGUCGACCCUCACCUUGAGCUGGCUGCUAUAGUCCGAAAGGUAUACGAGACCGAGGACAAAGCUCCCUUGUUUGAAAACGUCAAGGGACGCAAUGAAAAUGGGCUUUUCCGUGUCUUGGGAGCUCCUGUAGGAGCCAGCAGCCUCCCUGGAAAGCGGUUCAUCCGCAUCGCCAAGUCUCUGGGAUUGCCUUCUACAGCUAGCGGCCGGGAUAUUGUCCAUGCCAUCAACCACGCUAAAAAGCUUGAUCCUAUUCCACCAAAAGAAUUUGAAUCGGGCCCCGUCAAAGACUUCAAGUUAUUUGGGGAUGAAAUUGAUCUGGAGACUCUUCCAGUUCCUCUCUUCCACCAAGAUGACGGCGGAAAGUACCUCCAGACUUUCGGCAUGUACAUCGUACAAAGCCCCGAUGGCUCAUGGGUUAACUGGUCGAUUACCCGCGGCAUGGUUAAUGGCAAACGCUCCUUGGUUGGGCCUACGAUGUCGGCUCAAGACAUUGGGGUUAUCAGGAAGAUGUGGCAGGACCGGGGCGAGGACAUGCCUUUUGCACUUUGCUUUGGUGUACCCCCCGCGGCUAUCAUGGUCGGCGGUAUGCCUAUUCCCAAGGGCGUCAACGAAAGCGGAUUCGUGGGUGGUUUGCUCGGUGAACCCGUGGAAGUAGUCAAAUGUGAAACCAACGAUAUUCGAGUGCCUCGUGGCGCGGAAAUUGUACUCGAAGGUGUCGUUUCCAGUACCGAAACUGCCAACGAAGGACCUUUUGUCGAAUAUCACGGCCACGUGUUCCCCGGUGCGGGUAAACCAGCCCCAGUUUUCAAGAUCAACGCCAUCACCUACCAAAAAGACCCGAUUCUAUCAAUCUGCGUUGCUGGAAGGGCAACAGAGGAAAGUGAGACUGUGUGGGCUCUCACACAGACGGCGGAGGUGCUCAACAUCUGUGAAGCGGCUGGACUACCUAUUGAAAUGGUUUGGAGUCCGUUUGAGUCUCAUUGUCUCUGGUUCGUAUUGCAGGUCAACUGGGCAAAGCUGCAAGCCCUCAACACCAAUAUGAAGGACUUCUGUGAAAAGGUCGGCCGGACAGUCUUUGCAUCAAAGCCUGGAUUUUAUAUCCCCAAGAUCUACUUGGUUGGAGAGGACAUCGAUCCGACUAACCUAAAUGAUGUUAUCUGGGCAGAAGCAACCAGGUGCCAGCCAGGCGUGAACGAGUUCUUCUUUGAUGAUUACGCAAACAUUCCCCUCAUCCCUUAUGUCAGUCAUGGACUUAAGGAGAAUAAGAACCAUGUCAAGGUUGUACGGUGCUGCAUGUUCCCUAUGGAGUUUACCGACUCCAGAAUAGAAUGGAAGCAUGGUUCUUUCCGUGGUUCAUACCCACAGGCACUUCAGGACAAGGUGGAUAGUCAGUGGGCUGAGUAUGGGUUUUAA